AUGAAGAACCCCUUGACAUCCUAUCCGCGGACUCUGCGCCGGACGCUGGUCCGAACUCGUAUCGUGCGCUCGCUACUUAUCCUCUUCAUAGCUUGGAAUCUCGUCGAGCUCCACCUGAUCCUACGCCGCAUUUCCGCAACAGACAUCAUCUACCGCGAACAACCCCGCCGCCAUGAAAGGAUAUACAUUGCGAUGGUCAACUGGAACAAUGAAUACAUUCUACGAAGCCACCUGAGCAAGGCCAUCACCGAGCUUGCCUGGAAAUUGGGCCCGGAUAACGUAUAUAUCAGCAUCUACGAAAGUGGCAGCUAUGAUAAUACCAAAGGCGCCCUGGUCGAGCUUGAUGCGGAACUCGAGCGUCUCAAUGUACCGCGGAAUAUUACCUUGUCUCCCAUCACACAUGAGGAUGAAAUAGCAGCGCCACCCAAGGGCGAGGGGUGGGUUGUGACGCCGCAAGGGAAGAAGGAGCUCAGGCGGAUUCCAUAUUUGUCGCGCGUGCGAAAUUAUAGUCUGGAACCGCUGCACGAGCUGGCGAAGCAGGGAAUACAUUUCGAUAAGAUAUUGUUUCUCAAUGAUGUCGUGUUCACGUCAAAUGAUGUCUUUGAGCUCCUCGAUACGAAUGAUGGGGACUAUGCUGCAGCUUGCUCUUUGGAUUUCUCUAAACCACCGUACUAUUAUGACACAUUUGCUCUCCGCGAUUCUCACGGCCAUGAGGCUGUCAUGCCUACCUGGCCCUUCUUUCGCGAAACUUCAUCGCGUUAUGCGAUGAAGAACUUGCUACCAGUACCGGUGAAAAGUUGCUGGAAUGGGAUGGUGGCAAUGCCUGUCGCGCCUUUCCUGGCGAACCCGCCCCUUCGCUUCCGAGGUAUUUCGGAUUCUCUGGCAUCUUCUUACCUCGAGGGCUCUGAGUGUUGCCUCAUUCAUGCAGAUAAUCCUCUUUCCGCGCACCAUGGUGUCUAUCUCAAUCCUCUUGUUCGCGUUGCUUACAGCACUGCUGCUUAUGUGGCCGUGAAUCCCACUUUGAAUUGGCUAUCUCCGAAGACAAUCCUGCAAGGGUUGUGGUUGAACAGAAUACGUCGCUGGACGACUUUCCCUCGUUUCAAGGAGAGGAUGAUUCAUAACCGGAUAGCCCGUUGGGCUAGCUUGUCUCCUGAUAACACAGAGCCUGGGGAAUUCUGUGUUAUCAAUGAGAUGCAAGUCCUCGACCCUCGGGGUUGGUACCAUGUAUAA